AUGGUACUUUUGAAAGAUUUACGAAAUUACGGAGAUCUAUUCAUAUAUGAGGCUUGUGUUCGAGCACAACUUGAAACAAAUGAAAAAUGGAAACGAAAAAUAAGUGUGCUACCGAAAGGUCAAUCAUGGGCACGUGAUGGUUGGCUUACAAAUUCGAAAUGGUCCGAACAAGAUUUCAUUUUUCAUGGAUGGCAAAAAAGACGUUUAAAUACGCAAGUAUUUGCAUCAUGGAAAUUACCAUUUUUAUCGACAAAAUUUGACAUGUCAAUAUGUGGUACUAAUAAUUAUAUCGAAAAUUGGAAAUACAAUGAAAGCUUUAUAAGUGAUUCAAGUGAAAUUCGUGCGCAAUUGGAUACAGUAAUCAUUUUAAAAAAUGUUGAAUAUUUUGAGGAUAAGCAAAAAGCGAAAAAAAUAUUGGCUAAUUUGAUGAAAAAUAAACUCAUUUGGAAACAUAAUUCAUCAAUGAUGUUAAUGAUGCCAAAGAAAAGGAAAAAUAAAAAUUUUAAUUGA